AUGGGUCGAGUUGCUGCCGCGCUGAGCAAGCUCCUGAAGACCAGCCUGCACGAGUCAUUGGAGACUGUGAGGAGGAACCGGCUCCUGUUGCCACAUGUGCGGGCGCUCACAUCGCGUGAAGAAGUUCGAAACCUUGCGAGCAGCGAGCCGGUCAUGUUGGGGACCCUGCUGCGCUGCGCAGCAGACUUUUAUGUUCAUGAGCAGCGUGACCAGGCUAACGCUAAGCAUUUCUUGGACCUGGCAGAUACCGUCUUGGAACUGCCUCAAGACAGGGCGGAAAUGUCAGAUGCCGUCCUUGAGCUUGUAGUAAGGCUCAAAGGACUGCGCUGCGUCUUCCAUGAGAAUCUUCAGAAUGACUUAUUGCAGGCUGAGCGGUACCUAGCUCUUGCACAGGAGAUGUGCCCGAGGGAGUGGCUUCUGCAAGCUGAUUUGCUCCACUUGGCUGGUAACCUGGAGAUGAGACGAGGGCGACUACAGGAAGCUCGCAACUGCAUGACAGCAGGCCUCAACAUGAAGCAGAAACACGACAAGCACUUCAACCAAGCGUCUUUGGCAUACUCUAAACAUGGUCUGGGUAACGUGCUUGCAAUGCUCGGUGAGAGAGACCUAGCAGACCUCAACUACCAGGAUGCUAUUGCUGGGAAGGUUAGCUGCUACGGGAAGGAGGACCAUUUGGAUGUAGCAAGGAGUCAGCUGCGAUGUGUUCAAAACCUCCUCCAGGAAAAGAUCUCAGGAGACCAGCGCUUGGCAGCCUCACAAAUGAUGGCCAACAUUGUCAGGGUCUUUGAGAGAGAUUUGGACGAGGAUCAAUAUGAGAUGAAAAAUGCAAAGUCACUUCAGUGCAGCAAGGAGAUGCACGGCUUUGUGGCAAGCCCAGCCCCGACUCCGCCCAGAACAAGCUUCUUGCUCUUGGCUCCUUUCAUCCAUCCCCGCCCUCUUGGCGGUCCAGAAGAGCGCUUUUAUGGGAAGAGAUCCAGCAUACCACCAGACAUGCUCGCCUUCAUGAAAGCUUUUGAACCUGCUACACAGUUUCGAGAGGAUUUCCAAGCACAGUUUUCGGCAAGCUUCAAGCAUCAGGCUGACCAGUUUGCAAAGGACGGAUUGUUGAUUCUGCCUCUUACUUUGGAGCAAGUUUGCAACAUUGGCGGAGCUGGUAUGACCAGACCAUGGCGCAAGACUUUCACAGCAACAUCUCAUGCUGGCGUGAAGCUGAGCAGUUCGGUGCAGGCAUCUGUCGCCGAUCCAUACUUGCUGGCAUUGUUGAAGUCUGUGGCCGGCGGCAACAUUCAACUCUCACACUUCCGGGCUGCCACCACAUACCCUGGCGAGGAUGUUCUGUUUCGUGCCUGGAAGUGGCACCGGGACGGCGGCAAGGAGCCCGAGUGGAAGUUGAUGGUCCUUUUGGAUGAUGUUGCGCCUGGAGGCAAUGAGAUGCAUUAUCUCAAAGGUUCAAUGCGCCCCUGGAAGGGCUCCCGUCAAAAAGAUGCAAACUUCUCAAUGGAGGAUGCGCUUCACAUCGCCUCUGGUAGCUCGCAGGGCUUGCCUGCCAUCACCCGCUGCUUCGGCCGUGCUGGAACAGUCAUCUUGUUUGCAGGCCAGGGCCUGCACCGGGCUACACACUCAAUUGUUGCUCAACGUCGAGUUGUCACGUUUCGGUUCAAGCGCAAGAUUCCGGAUUUGGCUCGGAUCUACCCCAUGGAUGUGGUACAGCCGAAGCGAUUGAGUGGCUGUGGCACACUGGCAAGAUCAAUUUUGACUCGUUCGGGAGAGCCUGAUCAGCUGCGGGUUACCAACGAGGAGCGCGAGUGGAUUGACCAAAGAUCUGCCCAGAUUCGGGCCGUUCAAUCUGAGCAAGACACCACGCCGCAAGAGACACAGAGUCUGCUUGCAGACUACAGGGAGAUGAAGACACUAUCAGACUUGAAGCCAAGAGUCUGCAAACCAGAGCUUGCGGAGCUCCACAAGCAACUCCUUGACAUUUUCACGGUGGACAUGAACUACGACCUGGACCUGCCCGUUCGCCAGAAUAAUUUGGACGUUGGCAGGGACUUGCUACGAGUGAGCUUCAGAUACUACUACCAGAGCAGCGACCAGCUUCAGGAUCUCGUCCUCAACUUUCGCGCCUGGACAGUAGCAGGACAAUAUGAGAUGGCUUGCUAUGACACUCUCAGAACUCUCGCGGACCGACUUCAUCUCUGGUUGGCUGAAUUUGGCUCGCAGCCAGCUCAGUUGAAGCAGCAAGCUGAAGCCUGCAGGAGACUGACAAUAGAUGUAGGGCAGGCCAUGGAACAUCUGGAUGAUAUCCAGGAUUUUCGAACAGUGUUGUGCUUCCUUUACCUCCUGCAUGAUCAUGCCAGAAGGAUCUUCCCUGGCAGCCCUGAUUGGAUUGCCGUUGGCCAACGUGUGCUUUUGUCAACCUACUGUUGUGUCGUGUUGCUCGAUGAUUUAGCACAUGCAGAGGUAUCUCAAAAGGCGUCGUUUGUUGACGGGAUUGCUGCCUGCACGAGGCAGUAUCUCUUCCGGGCACGUACCAGGCGAACCAAGCCAAAGCCCUGCUCGAAGUUUAAUCGCCAGAUCCAAAUUGCAGCUGCCGGAGGCAGCUGA